AUGAUUAAGUUUAUCUUAUUUAUUGUAAUUACAAAUGCAACUGAUAUUGUUUUAUGUAUGGAACAUGGAAUUAAUAAUGAUAAUAAAUGUAAAAGUCUCAUAAUUACAUCAGAUCUAAUUCCAAGUAAUAUUAAUAAAGCUAAAUGUAUUGAAUAUAAAAAAGGAAAAAGUCUUAAAAUAUAUAAUAAAGAAAUAGACAAUAAUAAAAGAUAUUGUAUUAAAUAUUAUAGUGAUAGUAAAUGUUUUAAAGAAGAAGAGCAACAAGACAAUGAUGCAGUUAUUGUAAUUAAUAAAAAUAUUCUUUCAACAAAAAAUAAUCAAUAUAAGAAUGGUGUUGUCUAUAAAGAGGAGCAAGAAGUUAGAAUGUAUAAAAUAUACUCAAGUAAAACUAAACGAAUGUAUAAUACUUAUCACGUUCAUUUAAAGACUAAAGCAGAAGUAUCAACAACAGAACCAGCAUCUCAAAAAGAAUCAAAAAGUCACAUUAGUGAAGAGGCUUCAACCCAACAAGGACAACAAAAGGAAGGAAAUGGUAACACAGAAACUACAAAGAAAAAUACAGAAACAUCAGUAAGUGGAGGAGGUAGUAAACUAGAAAACAAGGAAACAACUAAAGAAAAUGGAGGAAAUACACAGCCUGGAAGUGGUGGAGCAGGUUCAGUAAGUAGUGGAACAGAUGGAAUAAGUGUAGAGCAUAAAGAAAAGAGUGAAGAAGAAAAAGUUGUUGCAAAAGAAACUAGUGCAACUAGUGGAUCAGGAGAAAAAGGAAAUGGUGGAGCAAGUAAUGUUCCAAGUACUAGUGCAACAGGGUCUGAUGAAAAAAGUGCUGGAGACACAGAAGCUAAAGGAUCAGGAAAGAGUCAAACAACUGACAAUGGACCAAAUGAAGAUCAAGGAAGUAAAGGAACAGCCAGUAAUGGUUCAGGAAGUACCCAAGCAGGAGGAGAUAAAGGGACAAGUGGUGGUAAUUCAGAAAAUACACAACAUAAUGGAAAAGAUGAACAAACUGACCAAAGCGGAAGUAAGAAAGACAAAGGAGAUAAUGGAACUGCUGGAAAAGAUAGUAGCAAAGAACAACCUGGAAAUGGUGAAGAUAGUAAAGGAGAAGGUGAAAAGAACGAAAAUAACAUCACAGAUAAAAAUGAAGAAGAUACAGGAAAAGGUGGAGAGAAACCACAAGCUGGAAAAGAUGAAAGUAAAGAACAUAUUGGAGACAAAGGAAAAGAUGGAAAUAAGGAAAGUGAUGGAAGCCAAACUGAAGACAAAACAUCAAGUAGUUCAGAAAGUAAUUCAGAGGAUGGCUCUAAUAAAAACAACAAUUUUGAUGCUACAUCCAAUGUAUUUGUUAUUCUCUCUCUUAUAAUUACAAUUUUCUUCUUCUAA